CUUACAUCCAAACAUAGAUUUUAUAAUUGUUACCUAAUUUACCUAGUAAAAUAUUUUUCAACCAAACAACUUUUUUUAACAUUUUCCUACCAAACUCACUUUCCACCAUUUCACGAUGAACCAUAAUUUGGAUAACUUGUACACUUGUCGAUGUGGGUUGAGUUGUUUGUGGACCAAAUCGCCGGUUCUUGCCGACAAGCCUGAUGCUUUGUUGUUUGAAACAUCUACGCCUCCGAAUCAGAGACACAAGGGAGAACCGCUUCGUGUAUACAUGGAUCUCGAAGCUGGCCGAAAGAGAUCAGGACGAAAGGAUAUAUAUAUUAGUUAUCAUGCUGAAGAUGAUGUACAGUCAACAUAUGCUGGUACUCUAUUUCACAACAGUCGUAACUAUUACAUCUCCAACAAGAAAAACAACGAGAAACUUGUUUAUUGGUUUUCAUCACGAUGUCUUUCUCAAAUGGUCAUACUUGCAAAGAAGUUCCUUGGCUUGGUGCCGCAUCAUUCAUUUGGCAAGUGCCUAAAUAAUGUUGGUGGAUCAAACGUGGCUCUUUCUUUCUAUCCAGAAUGUGCAUAUGAUGCCAACGUUGAACCGAAAUGGUGGGAUCAUAUCCAUUUUGCCAUGUCUCACUACAAGUUUGUUCUUGCAAUUGAGAACACUUUUACUGAAAGUUACGUGACAGAGAAGUUAUUUUAUGCCUUGGACUCCGGUGCAGUUCCCAUCUAUUUUGGUGCACCAAACGUCAUGGAUUUUGUUCCUCCAUAUUCAAUCAUAGAUGGUAGAAAAUUCAGGUCGUUGAAAGAAUUGGCUACAUACGUGAAGGCCGUAGCUAAUGAUCCAGUAGCCUAUGCAGAAUACCAUGCAUGGAGAAGGUGCGGUGUAUUGGGUAACUAUGGAAAAACCCGAGCAAUGAGCCUUGACACAUUGCCAUGUCGGUUAUGUGAGGCUGUUAGCAGAAAAGGUGGUAGAAAUGCAAGAAGCUAGGUUGCAACUUGUAUAGGUGCACACUUGCUUCACUUAUCUAAGGCAUUUAUUUUAUUUAUUUUAGGCAUUUAUUUUAUUUAUUCUGCGUUUAGAUUUCAGUUAU